GGAUUAAACGCCUUUCAGUUCAAAAAAUAUGGGAAUCCAUACAGAAAAGAAACGACUCCUCACUUUUGUGAUGAUGGGAUUUGUGUUGCAAAUACUCAUCCAGGUUACGCUCUCAGUCUAUUUCCACCAAGGUGAUUUUAUCAAGCAUGAUCCAUUAAGUAUAUCAGUAAGAGUAACCAAGCCACCAACGAAGGUUGCCAAAAGUACACCGUCAAGUGCUGAACCCACAGCCCUAGGUCAGGGAGAUUAUAUCCCACUAACUACACAUGUACAACGGCCAACAACAGCGGUUUCUAAAGGUAACUCUUGUAAUACUGAUGGUUAUAGUGUGAACACAACACAAUCUACGCUAUUAGAAAGGCCUGGUGUGCGGGAUACAACCGGAAAUAAUAGAGUCUCAAAUUCAAGUGGAGAAGAUAGAGGCCAAAAGCGCAACAAGGCUCUGCCAUCAGAUGACGCAAAGGUUAAGGAGAAACGAGAAUUUCUGAAGAGCAAAGGUUGCUAUUCUGCGUCGUUUGAUAAGGUAAGAAACUUUGGUAAUGUGUGCGUUACAUAA